AUCACGGCAAAGGAAAAACAAGUAGGGAAAAAUCAACUUUCUUAAGAUUGCAAUCCCACCCAAAAUUAAAACGCCACAUUAUUUUUCUAAUACAUUCUUAUAUAUAUUUAUCUCAAAAAAAUAAAUACGUUCUUAUAUAUAAUAUAUAUUGCAUUGAUUUUUUAAUUUAUAUUUGCAAAUUUCCUUUAAAAAAAUCUAUAUUUGCGAAAUUAACAGAAAGCAACGGUUUUUCCAUCCAUGCCUUCUUCCCUCUCUCUCCCAUCAUCCAACUUUCUCUUACUUGUUUGAAUUUCCACCCCGGGUUUUACCUCCGACCGAUGUCGAACGGCGGUGCAACCGCCACCACCGUCACGACCUCCAAUACUCACCACCGCCGCCGCGUCGCCGACACCGUGCCGGAAAAGGAAAAUCCCUCCGAAUCAGAUACGGAGCCAUCAGACGCAUUGAACAUGGAAAGUAGCAACGGCCCACAUAAUAUUCCGCGCCACCACCACCGUCGGCGGUGGUUGCCGGAGAAGUGGGCUUCCUGCGCGGAACGGUUCUUGAAAUCUUUGACGCCGAGGAAGCGCGUGUGCCGCACAGUUUUCGUGAUCCUGUUGAUGAUGGUGGCGUUCUCGGCGUAUCUGAGAUUCUUUUUCUUGCUGCGCGGCGGCGGGGCGGUGGCGGACGGGGAGCUGGCGGCGGCCAAGGAGACCAUGAUCGUACGGUUCUUCAAGACUGAUCCUGCCGCCUCCGCCCAGAAGGUGCUUUUUGAGACGGAGUUGCACUCGCGUCCCACGGCGGAGAAGCGGCGGCGGAAGAAAAAGAAAAUUCCGGUUUCAGAAAUAUGGAAAAAACCUUACAGCGGCGAUUUAUACCCGUGCACUACUCGACCAAAGAAUCGCAUCAAGACAUCAAAUGCAACGAAUGGGUAUGUUGUGGUUGAAGCCAACGGGGGACUGAAUCAAAUGAGAACAGGAAUAUGCGACAUGGUUGCCAUAACGAAGAUCAUGAAUGCCACUCUUGUGCUUCCUUCCCUUGAUCACUCCAGCUUUUGGACCGAUCCGAGCGACUUCAAGGAUAUCUUCGACUGGAAGCAUUUUAUCGAGGUUCUCAGUCUCGACAUCGAGAUUGUCGACAAGUUGCCGCCCAAGUUUGCAAGGGUGAAGCCUGUCAACAAAGCUCCCAUCUCCUGGUCUAAGGCUGGCUACUACAGAGAUAUGGGUAAUCUGCUAAAAAAGCGCAAGCUAAUCAGAUUCACUCACACGGACUCACGUCUAGCUAACAACGGCCUGGCUCCCUCAAUCCAGAAGCUGAGGUGUCGGACCAACUACGAGGCACUCCGUUACACCCCAGAGAUUGAGGAGCUGGGGAGGAAACUGGUGAAGAGGCUGAGGGAAGACGGUGAGCCCUACAUCGCUCUUCACCUCAGGUAUGAGAAAGAUAUGCUGGCAUUCACUGGCUGCAGCCAUAACCUAAGCGCAGCCGAGGCUGAGGAGCUGCGGAGGAUGAGGUACGAUGUCAAGCAUUGGAAGGAGAAGGAGAUCAACAGCAGAGAGAAGAGGCUGCACGGGGGCUGCCCGUUGGCCCCCAGGGAGGCAGCAGUGUUCCUCAAGGCUAUGGGCUAUCCUAGCACGACCAGAAUAUACAUCGUAGCAGGAGAAAUCUACGGUAAUAAAAGUAUGGAUGCAUUUCGACAGGAAUACCCUAACGUUUUUUCACACUCGAUACUAGCAACACCGGAAGAGUUGAGACCUUUGAGGGGCUAUCAGAACCGUUUAGCUGCUCUCGACUACAUCAUAGCUUUGGAAAGCGAUGUUUUUGUUUACACGUAUGAUGGGAAUAUGGCAAAGGCCGUGCAAGGGCACAGGAGGUUCAAGGGAUUCAGACGAACUAUCAAUCCUGACAGGCUCAAUUUUGUAACACUCAUAGAUAGAUUAGACAGUGGCUCGAUUACUUGGGAAGACUUUGCUGCCAAGGUGAAGAAAUUACACAAGAACAGAGUCGGAGCGCCUUACCAGAGAGAAGCAGGGCCGUCUCCAAGACUUGAGGAGAACUUUUAUGCAAAUCCUUAUCCCGGUUGUAUAUGUGACAGAUAUCUCAAGUGAAGUGUCAGACUGAUCCAUGAUGGUAGCUUCUUUUAUCGACAAGAAGUAAGUCGACAAAGAAAACCGUGAAGUACAUAAAACCAUGAUGCAACGAAAUGGAUGCACGUUUUACCUAAUUGGGGAAUUGGAUGAUCGGAGAAACACCUGCAGACAUUAGGCUGGAUGAAGAAGUUCUCGUGUUAUCUUGCAAGAUAUCUGCAACUGCAUGCUGGGAAAUAUGGGUUAUUUUUUUCCACGAAUGCGAUACAUAACAGAAUGAGUGCACUGACAAAACAUUUUUUUUCCCUUUAGAGAAGUAGAGAUUAUUUGAUUUUAUUGUUACACUUCAUCAAUUAAUGUAACUUUUGUCAAGAAACAUAACAGAGAAAAAAUUAUCAACAGGCUCUAACAUAACUCUGCAUCAA